GUUGCAGUUUUUAUCGUCGCUUUUUUAUAGAACGAGGAUGCAUACACUUUGUUAAACGCGUUCAUGGCUUCGCGUGAAUCCCCCGUUGUUCUCGAAUCCGUCAAUUCACUCCCCGAUGCGCAUGCGCUUCCACCACUGAAGAAGCGCAAGACAUGGCAUCCUCCCGCUAAGGAUCUGGGGGCUUCGUCGAUCGUCAUUCGGGCCCCCGCGACAUCACUAUCCGACGACCGCUACGUCCUCGACCCAAUCACCCUCCUCCCCCGCUCCAGAGUCCCGCUCUCCUGGCUCGAUCCUUCAUCGUCUACACUAUGGCCCGUUCCAUCCGGUAGUCUGUUCGUGGCGGACAUCCCUAUCCUCGAGAAUGAUUUGCGCGAACGAGUCGAGCCUUCUGUGCUUGCGGUGCGAUCUACGGCUGAUGGUGGUUUAUAUGUUGUUGAGAGGGUGAAGAAGGGGAUAUAUGCGGUUUCGCGAUUAGGGCCUUGGGUUCAGGAGGGGGAUAUUUUUAUUGCGGUUAAGGGAUGGAGUGUUGCUGCUGUCGCUAAUGAGCAGACGGCGCGGUGCGAGUCACCUGUCGGAGAUGGGACUGUUGAGUGGUGGGAAGUGGCGCGGAUUGAGGAGCCUAUCGUGGAUGUGGAUGUGCUUUCUGGGAAACCACCGAAUAUUGAUAUUUGCGUCGCUUUCUUUGACCAGGAGGAGGAUAAUGUGUUGCCUGUGGAAUCUGUGGAGAGCCAAACCGCUUCGAUUACCGCUCCCAAUCUCGAGAGGAGCUCGAGCACCGGUGUUCGCAUGCCGAGUAUCGCUAUUAAUGACACUCAAGAACAGCUCGAAGCAAUGGUAUCCGCGGGUGCUGAUGACCUGCAAUCACCACAAGAGCUACUGGAUGGCUUGAGGGAUCAGUAUCUGCAGGCUCUCUACAUCUCCAAGACAUCUCUGGCAUACUUUGCCAAAGGUCCGCAAACACGUUGUCGCAAUGCGUUCCAAUCUACCGAGCCCGACUCUUCCAAGACGCCCGUCGAUUUGGUCAAUUUUUACCGAGAAGCUAUACUCCCCGCGAAGAAGAUGGAUCUGAAAUAUAAAGAAACAAUGCCAGCGACAGUCCGCGACGUCAUGCUAAGUGUUUCUGACGACGAGACGACCCAACCAAAAAAGCGCAAGAGUCGAAAGAAGAAAAAGCUGGGGAAGAAUGGGCUGUAUCCCGAUGAAGAGGAUCUCAUUCGCAAAUGGUGGAAGGACAGGAGCUUGUCGGAGAAUGGUGUCGCCAUUGAGACCUCGCGAGAAGCGGAGAUGAAGAAGCAUGUGGCUGAUCUACGACUGCGCGAGACUCAAUUGCAGAUACUUCUUAUACUGGAAACGAUGGCCCUGGAAUCGGCUCUCCCUGGUGAUACCAAGAAGCAAGACGGUGGAAAUGACGAAAACCCACCAGAUGAGACGGCAAAGAAGUCCAAGAGCAAGAAGUUACAGGAUCUGAACGUGGUCCUUGAACUACAUCUUGAUCGCCUGUGCAUAUGGCAUGCCGUCAGCUUUGACGAUUUGGCAAUCCCCGAAUCGAUUAAGGAUGCAGAGAACAGCCACCUCUCUGGAAAGAAGGCCGAGAGUGAUGCUGUGCGGGACUUCUGUACAGAAGUUAUCGUCCCAUUCUAUGCGUCGCGCCUCCCGGAUAAAUGCAAGCUGGUCACUCGGAAAUUUGGCGUCUCCAGUUCCACAACCCCUGCGAAACCCCAAGCAAAGAAGACGCCACGACGAGAAUCCGAGUCCGAUGCAAAACGACAGCUACAACAACAGCAACUGCAACAUCUGAAACCCCGUCGCUCAUUGCAGCGUGUAUUAACCGACGAGAAAUCAGCCGCCUCUCAAGGACGACACCCACUUCAGCGAUCCAAGACAGCACCAUCCAAACCAGACAGCAGACGGGAAUCCAUGGAACCGUUAUUACCAAUGACCAGCGCCAACGUCCGGGGCGGUAUACAAAAAGCCAAACGAGUGGAAAACCGCGAAGUGGACCUCAACGCACAAGCCAAACAGCACGAAACGAAGCUGAAAAAGGUGCAAUUGCUGGCAGACCAGAAGAAAGAACUGGACGCGGCGAUUCAUGCCUUACGACGACCCAAUCGGGAACUAGUCGCCAAAGAUAUUGCCGAAGAUGCGGAUAAGAGGACGACGCCUGGCGGUGGUGGCAGCUCGCGCAAGCAGAAGAACCCCGUCCGGAAUCCGUUAGGGCAAGGCGUGCAGGUCAUGGCUACGCCCAAGGGGAGUCGGAAGAGGGAUGCUAUUUUCGAACUCCCACCACCCCCGCUUCCCAUUAACAUGGUGCGGUCAUUCCCUGGACAUUUGGUUGAGCGCUCACCUCCACCCGACGAGAGUGAUGCGCAAAUGGUCCCGGGCUCCACGGUCCGUCCGAAUUCGUUCUCAGGAGCUUCUGGCAGAGACAUGGGCGCUAUAGAAGAAACGCCUACUCGCCGUCCGACCAAGCCAUUCGAGUCCCCUUGUUUGUCCAAGUCCAAGAGCACAACUUAUACAUCCAACACCCUCUUCCGGGUCCCUAAUCGUCCUUCUUCAACCCAGCGAACAGAAAUGGCACCCUCGACGCCCGUCUCAUCGCGACGUAUCCCAAUCGCGCAGCCACAAUUCGAUUCCUCCAUUACAGAAACACCGCCUAGAAAAUCGCAGACCACUGCCCCUGUUCCAGACCUUACUGCAGUUGCGCCUGAGACUGCGGCUGCACCACCAACCGCUGUCCUAAGCACACCGGUAAAGAAAGGCAGUAUUCAGGAAACACCCGUUAAGAAGAAUUUUCUUGCUCCUGGCGAUUCGUCCACGGUACCUGUGACGCCGGAGAAAUCGAUUUAUGAGCAUUUGGGGUGGAAUGAUGAGGAUGAUCUUGGGUUUUAGCCUCUGCUAUUAAAGUAUGGAGUUCUGUGGUUAUGGAUGCUAUGGUUUUGGUUAGCGGGAUGGGUAUUGUUACUAUUAUUAGCGGCUUAGGUCUUCUUCUCUGUAUAUAGGCUACUAUACAAACCGUUUUCUCUGAAUAAGCU